CACUGCCGUACAAUGGACGGUGACUGUCGCAAAUCACACUGUAUACAUGGAAGUGUAAGGCAAACAGAGACGUGCUGCUACCUAUUAGCUAUAUCUAUAUAUAAGGGAGUUAAAACGAUUAAUAUGUCGUUAUUAUAUCUGAAGGAGACCUUAAGGUGAAUAGAAAGCUGCCGGUGUUCAGUGUUGUGAUGACCAGAAGAUGGACUUCAACAGGACUGUUCUGGUGACUGGAGGCUCUGGAUUUAUCGGCUCCCAUCUUGUAUGUUCGCUGGUGAACAGGCACCCUGACUGGAGGAUUAUCAACUUAGAUUAUUUGGAUUACUGCUGCAGCCCCAGGAGUCUGGAGAGUGUUGAAGACAGAGCGAACUACACCUUUAUCAGGGGAGAUGUGUGUAACUCACGGCUGGUUAAUCACAUUUUCAACACAGAAAACAUCGAUGUGAUCUUUCACCUGGCAGCCAAAACACAUGUCGAGAGGUCGUUUGAAACUGCGUCUAGUUUCCAGCGUGUUAACAUUGAUGGGACCAGAGUUGUACUGGGAGCCGCCCAUCAGGCCCGACACCGGCCACAGCGCUUUAUCUACGUCAGCACUGAUGAAGUGUACGGAGCCAGUCUGGACCAGGUGUUUGAUGAGAGCAGUCCAGUGAGGCCCUCUAACCCGUAUUCUGCCACUAAAGCAGCUGCUGAGUACCUGGUCCAAUCCUACUGGGACAAAUAUAAGUUUCCCAUCAUCAUUACCAGGAGCAACAACAUCUACGGGCCCAGGCAGUACACUGAGAAGGUCAUUCCGAGGUUUCUCACGCUCUUGCAAAGGAACAAGAAAUGCACCAUCCAGGGAACGCUGCCCAAAUCCCGCCAUUUCCUGUUUGUCGAUGACGCCAUCAACGCCUUUCUGUUGGUUCUGGAGAAAGGGAUUGUGGGAGAAAUCUACAACAUGGGAACAAGCUGUGAGAUUCCUAUCAUACAACUGGCCGGGGAACUUGUUAAGAUGGUGAAGAAAGUGCCGGACUCUGAGGUAAAAGAUUGGCUCGAGUUUGUGCCUGACAGGCCGCACGUCGACCUGCGCUACCCAAUCACGUGUGAGAAGCUGCAGCAGCUAGGCUGGAGAGCAGAGGUGUCCUGGGCUGAAGGCAUCAGACAGACGGUCAAAUGGUACCAGGUCCACCCAGACUUCUGGUCAGACGCAAGCGAGGACCAAGAACCCAUCCAAAGUCAGCUUGAAAAGGCGGAGUGAAAAGAGACAACGCAGUGACUUCUUUUCUACAAAUUAUUUCAUGACACGGACGAUUUACCUCAACUUCUGAAUACAGAUGAUGAUAUAAACCAGCUAGCUUUAUAGUAUAGUUAGAUUAGUUUAUUAUUCUCAGAUGAUUAUUGGACCAACAGGCCUUAAAGUGCUAGACAAAAGGAAGGCAGAGCCUCCCUUCAACCAAAGGUACACCUGAAAAUGAGUGCACUUUAUUUUGAUAUGAAUCACGGAUUCAGCUUAUGUUGACAAGCAUCACACAGAUCCUGAAUGUACAGUGACAAAACACAUAAGACCUAAGUAUCGCAUUUACAUGCACUCAACAAUUGCUGUAAAUCAGUUGCUUAAGUGCAUGUAAACGCUAGCUCCUGCUAACGUUCAGCUAAGGUGGGUAGCAAGUUUUAGCAACUGUAGGUGCAACUUUACAUUUCAAAUGUAGGUUUAGUCUUUUACAGCACAAGCAUUAUUUGAUCAAGAUUAAGAAAACUGAUUUUUUUUUAAAGCAGUAGCCCGAUAAUGAAAGGGUGAGGAAUGGACCUCAAAGUCAAUUCAUCUGUCAUUUGUUUUAUACACAUGGUAGAGAUGAUUUUUACAUUGUCCAGUGUCUAACUGCAAAUAAACUUGAUUAUUUAAUAACUUCAA